CAAAACAACACCACUCUGAUCAUGGAGCAAGGAACGAAUAUUUUCCUCGCCGACGUCGCUGCGGGUCUCGAUGACGCAUCUCGAGACCGAAGAAAAGAGAUUCUGAGAGUAUUUUGGCCAGAGAGAACUGCGCUGCACACCUUGGUCGACGAGGCUUCCUACGCCUCGUUUUUCCAGUAUUUCCACCGGGAAAUAAGCCAACUCCAACCCUAUCGACGUUAUUUCGCAGUACAGGAUUUGAAGGGAUUGUUCGGCAUUGUGCGCAUGCUGCAAAUGAAUCCCAAACAGUCGAAGUCCCGGAUAGUUGAGCAGCUUUCUAGUCAUUUCUCAAACGCCGAGCCAACAGCUCUCCACCGUUCUCUGGAGCUCUCUGUAAGACUAUGGCUCACGAUCAACGUCAACUCGACAACGAUUGCAGUGGGGCCCACAUUUCCGGAUGAAUCCCCUUUGGAGUGGGAACCUAAUCUCUCACUACACGAUUUGGUAGAGAGGCAAUUCGGCCAAGGUAUCCAGGCAAACGGAAAGGGUAGACGCUGGCAGAUUGAUGCGACCUUGACCGCUGCCUACCUGGUCAACAAUUGCGGCAUGAGCAUUAGUUGGACGGACAGCAUCUCCGAUCACUUACGAUUCGACCCUACAAGUCAGGUUCUGAGCAUAUAUAGACACAAAGUAUGCUUAGCCAAUCAUCUCGACACUCCGGAGAGCUGUCCAGUACCCAAAUAUGUGCUGGCUGAGAUACUCGACACACUAAACGUUCUUUUGCCCUUCGGCGACUUCGCGACCAAACAACUAUUGAUCAAGAAAAAUCAACAGCCACUCUAUCGACUCGGAAGCUGUGGCCGAGCACGCAAUCUCGAACUGACGCAGUACAGAUACUUCCGUGAGGAGUUGGAGUAUUUGAUUGAAGCAUUCAAUCGGCCACCACGAACUUGGAAGCAGUUGGCAUUAGAUAAGAGGAACAAGCCGGAGUGGGCGGCAUUUUGGGUCACAGUUAUGGUUGCGUUUCUUACUCUUGUAAGCAUUCCCUGCAGUAUCAUUCAGGCAGUGUAUUCAGUCAAAUCAUACAAUAUUGCAGUCGCGCAGGCAAAGUAG